CGUGUCCUCCGCGGCUCCAACACACCAUCUGCAAAGACAUCUAAAUACUCCAAGCUCCUCCCGAAGAACUCACUUUUUAGUUCUCCCUGCAACUCUCUCAGAGUUUCCGAAGCUCCGUUUCAAUGGUGGAUGCAAUCCCUAACCGAAAAUGCAGCGACAGUAGCAGUACCAGGUCGAUGAUGAACCCGUGGGUUCUCCAUUUCCAGAAACUGGGUCUCGAGCUCAAGUGCCCCCUCUGCUUGAAUUUGCUUAAUCGACCGACGUUGCUUCCAUGCGAUCACAUUUUCUGCAAUUGCUGCAUACCCAGUUCGAGUUGCCCGGUUUGUAAAGCUCAGGUUGCGGACCGAGAUCUCAGGCCUGUGCCAUUCAUGGAAAACAUAGUAGCGAUCUACAAAAGCUUGGAUGCGUCUUUCUGUGCCAAUUUGUUCCAGCCUGUUUCUUCCGAUGUUAGAACCAUUCUGGAGCAAAACCCUGUUUUGCCUAAUAUCAGUUUUGCUGGGAAAAUGACUAUAGAACCAUUUGACAAUGACCAAGGAGGUAAUUCAAACAGUGGGCAAUCCAUCUAUUCAUCAAGUGCUCAUGAACGAGUUUGCGCUGCUUGUAGUUUGAAUCGUUCUGUAGCUGAUGGAGUUGGCAACAAUGACAAAGUAGAUAAGUGUAGCAUGCCAAUAGAUGCUAAUGGCAAGGUAUUAGAUUUUGCUAGAAGCGGAGUGGGAAACCCCAAUUCACAACUACCAAGUUCUCAAAUAAGAGCUGGUGGACUUGACGAGUGCAUGACUGUAGAAAGAGACAUGAAUCACGCAGCACAGUCAUUGCCCAACAGUCCUCCUUCAUUUGGUGAUGCCAAAUGUUCAGAUAAUGAUAGCUGUGGUCGGCGCUGUGAGCAAAUUUCAGAAAAUUCUUUGGUCAGGAGAUCGAUCAGCAAAAUUGAUGAUGGUAGAGUAGGGCAGAAAAGACAUGAUAGUUGUGCAACUGAAAUUGAUGGUCAUUUAAGAAAGAAAAUAAAGUAUGAGCCAGUUUUAGAGACUUAUUCUGAGCUUGAACAAAAGUUCAGUACACCACCUAAUGAAUCAUUCACAAAGAGAACAAUUUGUGUAUUUUGUCAGUCUUCUACGAUCUCGGAGGGUACAGGGCCAAUGUUGCAUUAUUCUAAAGAGAGACUGGUAGAGGGAGAUGAGGCAAAUGCUUCAAAUGUCAUACAUGUUCACAGAAUAUGCAUUGAUUGGGCACCGCAAGUGUAUUUCGAAGGUGAAAAUGUUAAGGGAUUGAAGGCAGAAGUCUCAAGGGGUGCAAAACUAAAAUGCACCAAAUGUGGGCUAAAGGGAGCAGCUUUGGGAUGCUUUGUAAAGUCCUGCCGAAGAAGCUAUCAUGUUACCUGUGCAACUGAAAUUUCUAAAUGUCGUUGGGACAAGGAAAACUUUCUGCUGCUAUGUCCAGCUCAUCGUUCAACUAAAUUUCCUGGUGAGAAGUCAAAUUAUGGGAAGCCCAAAAUCUGUCCCCCGUCCAACAGUUUGGAAGCUCCAAAUGAAAUGAAUCAAUGGAUCAUAUGCCCAUCCGGUUUGUCUUCUGAAGAAAAGCUUCUUUUAAACAAGUUUGCCAAGAAGACUGGCGCAACUGUGUCCAAGACCUGGAGACCAAAUGUUACACAUUUGAUUGCAGCCGUGGAUGGGGAUGGUGCAUAUGUCAGGACAUUCAAAACUUGCAUGGCCAUUUUGGCUGGAAGAUGGAUUCUGAAAAUUGACUGGGUGAAAGCAUGCAUGGAAGCCACAGAUCAUGUGAAUGAAGAACCGUAUGAAGUUAGUCUUGAUAACUAUGGAUGCUGUGAUGGCCCAAAAACUGGCAGGCUUCGGGCAACAAACAAUUAUCCAAAACUCUUUAAUGGUUUGAGUUUCUAUUUUGCUGGUGAUUUUGUACUGGAUAGAAAGGAAGAUCUUCAAGAUUUGAUCAUUGUAGCUGGAGGCACUGUUUUCAACAGCUCAGAAGAAGUGAUGGAACGAAGUUGUCUUGAACAUACAGCUUCAAGGACACUAGUUGUAUACAACCUCGACCCACCAGAAGGUUGCAAGUUGGGGGAAGAAGUUUCAAUCCUUUGGCAACGGUCAAAUGAGGCCCAGGAUAUAGCUGCAAAAAUUGGAUCACAAAUCAUCGGUCACACAUGGCUCUUGGAAUCAAUUGCAAGAUGCGAGUUACAGCCUUUUGUCUGUUGACAAAACAUUCAGUGCAAUAGUCUGUGAUAGAUUGUACUAGUAGUAUUGUGCUUGGAUAGGGAUCUGUUUGAUAAGAUGUUGACGUCCUGCAUGUAGAUUUUAGUUUGUAGCUAGGUUUAUGCAAUCUCUACGGCAUUUUCUCCGAUAUCUCUACGUAAGUGAUUCAGAUGCCUUUAAAGAUGUGUAUUCUCCUGCAGACUUAAAAAUUUCUAAGUUCCUGAGAAGUUUUUUUUGUUCA